UGAAUUGGAGCAACAUAACAUCCUGUGGUCUAAGACCAACGUUUAUAUAGUGCAGGAAUUGCUGGGCAUUGGCACCUUUGGGAACGUUGUAAAGGGUUUUAUAGAAGGAACCAAUCAGAAAUUGGCUAUCAAAAUCCUGAAGAACACCCCAUAUGCUGUUAAAGAUGCUGAAGAAGAGGUGGAAAUUCUGUCCCAGCUCAGUAAGGAACAACCAGACGAAUUCAAUGUUGUCAAGCAGUACGAGUAUUUCCAGCACAACAAUAACAACUGCAUUAUGUUUGAAAUGUUGGAUAUUAGUCUAUAUGACUUUAUAAAGAAACGCAUGUUUAGCCCGCUUCCUGUGAAACACAUCCGUCCUAUUGUGGAGCAGGUGGGCAGUGCACUGGCAAAGCUGAAGAGUCUGGGAAUAAUUCACACAGACUUGAAACCAGAGAACAUCAUGAUGGUGGACACUGCUAGGCACUCAUUGAAG